AACUUCUGGAAGCACGCUAGCGUAUAAGUGUAGGUGUUGUGUGAUCCUUGUGAUCAUGAACAUAACCUAAGAAUAUUUCGAAAGUUUCAGAAAUUUAAGUUUUGAUGUUUGGACGUUUUUAUGUAGCUAGUUAAGUAAUUAAUCAAUGACAAAAUGUUGUCACGAAUGUCAUUAACUACUCUAAGUAGAGCUGUUCCAAAAUCACAUUCUCUAACAAAGAAUCGAUCCUCAAAGAGAUCUUUACAUUUAAUUUGUCGAAAUCGGAUAAUUACGGUUUCGCAUGUUUCGAACUCAAAGAUUGUAUUAGGACAAAGUUUUAAUCGUCAUGCGAGUACCGUUGACACAUUUCAAAUACCGGCACCACCAAUAGCUCCGACAAUAAUUAAUGAGCCACAAGUCAUAACUGAAAAUAUAAGUGAACUGGCAAAUGCUGGUCUAGGUACUUCGUGGACACCAGUGAGUUUAGUACAGCAUAUUUUGGAAUUUUUGCAUGCUUCUGUGGGACUUCCUUGGUGGGGAUCCAUCAUUGCAGUCACUGUCGUUGCCAGGAUAGUAUGUUUUCCUUUAAUUAUAAAAGCCCAGCGAAAUAUGGCUGAAAUGGCAACAUACAUGCCAGAAUUUCAGGCCAUGAACAAAAAAAUGGCAUCAGCUCGCCUCGCGGGAGAUAGGUUGGCAGUUGAGGAAUUAUCAAAGGAGAUGUCAAUUUUAUUGAAAGGAAGAGAGUUUGAUUCCUUAAAAAGUCUUUUUCCGGCUUUGUUGCAGGGAUCAAUAGCUAUUUCAAUAUUUUUAUCCUUGGAUCGCAUGACGAGAGCUCCUUUGCCAAGUAUGCGAGAAGGCGGCCUCUCGUGGUUUACAGAUCUUUGCGUUCCUGAUCCUUAUUAUUUAUUACCAGUUACGAGUAGUACGACGUUAAUGCUUUUGCUCUUCGGCUCCUCGAAAAUGCUUCCAAUAUCUGAAUCAACAAAAAAGGCGAUGAUUGUAAUCGUGCCCAGCCUAACGUUCUUUUUCGUCAAAGGAUUCCCAGCGGGAACUCUUGUUUACUGGGUUACAACCAACAGUAUCACCCUAUUACAGCACCAGGUUUUGAAAUUACCAGCCGUCAAGAAAUAUUACGGUCUUCCAGAAGUUGCACCGCCGAAAAAUCCAGUGUCAGGCAAAAUGCCAGGCUUCCUUCAAAGUUUUCAAGAAAAUAUGCAGAAUGUGAAAGUAGCCCAGAAAAUGAACGAAAGAUUUUCUCUUCGUGAUCUGGAAAAGCGACGAGCUGAGAUAAUUGAUUCGAAAGAAGCAUUCAAGGAUAAAAAAAGAUAGAGAGCCUUGUAAAUAAAUGUAAAAUACAAACUGCGUGAACGAAGAUAAUUUAUGAUUAGUUGUAUGUACUAGAAAAUAAACUGUUGGACGAAAAA